UUCUGCUGGCGGUGGUUGACAUCGCCGCCACCGAUCGAUCGAGUGGUGUGUUCCAGUGCGAACCGGUACGGAGUUGACCCAGUGCACAGCAGCACCUUGAUGCCGACGAGGCUGCAGCCGGAGCAGUUUAGCCAUGGACUCCAGCCACAUAGCCGUGCGCGCGGGUAAGUCCCGCUGUAGAUAAGCCCUUGUCUUGAUAAGAUAUUGUUAACGGGGUGAGAUAUAUCUGCAUCUCGACUGGAGAUGCCAGUUCCCACUUAGUGAGUGGCAAGAUGCCGAUCUUCGUGAGCGCCUACAGUCUGCGUGCCAUCAGCAAGUACUAUGCCCACCAAGAUCAGAGUGGCCUGGACAAACUGUGCCACUUGACUAAUCAUCUGGUAGCUUUUAUCUCGGCUAAACUCCAUAAUGUGUUGUUUGCUCUAUAUUUCGCUACGAUAGCACGUCGUAGUCCCUCGCCAGCCGCAGUCUCCCAGUCCACAUAUGGCAGCCUGGAAGCCAUCCCAGACAUACACAUUCGCGUCAACAAGGAUUGCGAUGCCAGCGAAUCCACUCCCCUGCUGGCAGCUGCUCAGCGCUCCACCAAUACACCCUCAUCCCACACAGCCUCCUCCUCGCCGGCGCUGUCUUCCUGCAACCCGACGCACCAGCACGACUGCAUCAAUUGGCGCUCGGUGGGUCUGCUGGUCAUGUGUGCCUCCGCCUUGGCACUCGCCGCCUAUUUGCUCUGGAGACAAACCCAAGCGCCUGACUUUGGCUACCGACUCAGUCUCAUAGGGCACGAUAUAUGGUCGGAUGUGGAUCUUCAGGGUCGGGGCACACUCUUGGAACCGAUCAGUGUCUGCACAGUGAUCUUUACCCAUACCGAGGGCAAUGGGUGCCAUGAUGAUUGCCCGGAUGUAUUGCGUGAGCUGGAAAGGUCACAUCUUGGGCAGCUGCCCUACAACUUCCUGGUCGCCGGCGAUUGCCAGGUCUUUGAGGCACAAGGUUGGCACUAUCGGAGCCAAAUUCCGAGGGAUCUUCCCGGAAAAGACUCUUUGGUGGUGGCCUUCGUGGGUAACUUCAGUGGGCGAGCACCCAUAGCCUGCCAGUUGAUGGCCGCCCAGGCUCUGAUCCUGGAAUCCCUGAAGCGCCGUACACUGCAGCAGGAGUACCAACUCUACGUGAUGGGCAGCAGAACGGACGCACUGCAGCGGGAACUGAGACACUGGCCGCACUACGCGAACCACCAAACGGCCAAGUGAAUCCACACAG